AUGUCUCUUGUACUCUCGCAGCAGUCGGACGCGGCGCCCGUCGUCCGCGUAUACGUCGUCCGCCACGGCGAGACGGACGCGAACCUGCGCGGGAUCGUGCAGGGCCACCUCGACACCGCGCUGAACGCGACGGGCGUCGCGCAGGCGCGCCUCGCGGCAGACGCGCUCGCCGACGUGCCGUUCAGCGCCGCGUACUGCAGCGACCUGCAGCGCGCGCGCAAGACCGCGCAGAUCAUCCUCGGCGACCACCCCGACGUGGAGUUGCAGGAGUGCAGUGCGCUCAGGGAACGCUUCAUGGGCGACUGGCAGGGCGAGUUCAUCUCGGAGCGCGGCGACGCCCCAACGAAUCUCGAGCCGACGGCGGAGUUCGUCGCGCGCGCGACGCGCUGGUGGAACGACACCAUCGGGCGACACGCGCAGCGCGCGGCGGCGCUGCGCUCGCGGAGGCCGGCCGCGCAGAGCGACGAGGACGAGGACGAGCCGGUCCACGUCCUCGUGGUCUCGCAUGGCGGACUGAUCGGGACGCUGGCGACGGCGUUGCUCGGGAGUCGGAAGGUGCGCGCGGGCAGGGGCGUGCUCGUCGGCCGGUGCUUCAACGCGUCGAUCUCGGUGUUCGAGCUGAACGGGCGGGGGAAGGGCGCGUUGGUGAGCUAUGCGGACACGACGCAUCUGGACGGGGAGCUCGUGCAGGACAACGCGGACGUGCAGCCGUAG